AACGCCCUGAAUCAAUGAGAGCCUCGUGCCUGGCGUAUGGAAAUGACCGUAAGAGCUGUUUGGGACCUCCUUAAUGAUUUUGCGCACUGGGGAAACGCGGCCGGUGGCACUUAUUAAAGGCGCGCGCCAGCAGGAAGAAGCAGAUGCAUAAACACUUGAGGGCAUCUCUCCUCUCGACAGCAACAGACCCCUCCUAUUCCUCACGUCCAAUUAGUUAUUACGGCCCGGCCCUUUAAGACGCAGCAGCGGGUCACACGGGGGUGUAGUGUUUCUUGAACUUCGCCCAAUCAACAAAAAGUCGUUAGCAGUCGCUUUGUUGUCUUAGCCUUUCAGUAAGUUUUCUCUCCUGCAGUCUCUCACUCUGAAGAUCCACAUGGAGUUUGUCAAAGGAGCUGGGGCUCUCUGAGGGAAUGCAGUUCGGCUGCAGCGGGGUUAUUUUGGAGGAAGGCUCUCAGGCAAGUUAAGUUACUGCAAUCGGACUUCAGUGUCAAGAAACAGAGGAGGUCAGCAGGAACGCAACCAGCUCAGGGAGCAACCGUGGACGCUCCAAUCUGUGAUUUGAAUGAAAUAAGCAGCCUUUCCUGGAAGCUGCGAUCAUUUGGGACUGAAUGACCUCCAGCAAAGACAUGAAGGCAGGGUCCGCGCUGCAGUCCAGCGGCGACGAGAGGAGACGGGCUCCUCUGGACCAGCUGCCGCCGCCAGCCAACUCCAACAAGCCUCUGACGCCGUUCAGCAUCGAGGAUAUUCUGAACAAACCUUCAGUGAAGAAGUCCGUCGCCAGCAUCUGCCCACCGAGAGUCCUGGAGAAAGUGACGGGCUCUAACUCGGGAAGAAACGGGAUAAGCACUCCGUCGUCGCCGCUGUGCGCCCUGGAAGAGCUGGCCAGCAAAACGUUCAAAGGUUUGGAAGUCAGCGUGAUCCAAGCCGCAGAAGGUCGUGAGCAUCUAAGCGCCUUCGGACAAAGACAGACGUCAAAAAAGAGGAGAAAGUCGCGGACGGCCUUCACCAACCACCAGAUUUACGAGCUGGAGAAGCGCUUUCUGUAUCAGAAGUACCUCUCUCCAGCGGACCGAGACCAAAUCGCACAGCAGCUGGGACUGUCCAACGCGCAGGUCAUCACCUGGUUUCAGAACCGCAGGGCCAAACUCAAGAGAGACUUGGAGGAGAUGAAGGCGGAUGUGGAGUCACUUAAGAAAAUCACCCCACAGACACUGCAGAAGCUCGUCAUGGACAACAUUGAAGAUCCGCAGAGUGGGGGUCCAGAGCCCAGAUCCCCCAGCGUCUCCCCGGUCUCUCAAGGACACCGAGCCUUCCCACAGUCACCGUCCUCUUCACGAGACCACACCACGGAUGAGUUCUCGGAGGAUGAGGAGGAGAUCGAGGUGGACGAUUAACAGCCAGGAGGGCCUGCGGGAGGCCUGCAGAGAGCAAAACAUUUAUGAGAGGACAUUUUUCUUGCUACAUUUUUGCACGGAUAUUGAUUAAAAAUGAGAAUAUAAACACAUAGCCUAUAAACAUUUUUGAAGUUGCUUUAUUUUUCCCUUUCCGUUUUAAAUUAUGAAUCGGACUUCUUCUUUUGUGUUUAAAUUUCGCCGGAAUGUUUGCGAUCAUCUGAGUUUGCGGUGGACUGGAGAGAACCGGCAGGACUGUAAACAUUUAGAUGUUUUCAUCACGAUGGAACGGAAACAAAACAAAGCUCUGUUUUAUUUCUUGUGUCGUAUUUCCCCUAAAUGUCUGCUAGACCCCCCUCCCUUUAAUGUUUGCGUGAUCAGAGCGCAGCUCAGUGCGCACUGGAUUUUUGUCCGCGCGCACAGACUGCGCUACCUUUGCUCUGACUUCUGAAUGGAUCAAGCGUCUUAUGCGAUAAUUUUAUUGUAACGUUCUAUUUAAUCAACAUUUAUGUAAAUAAAGGUUCUAUAAUAUUUCAAGAAGUAA